UGCUUUAGCCUGCUAACUCAAAACCAAAACAGAGGGGAUGUUUUCGUAUUAAACCUUUAAAAAAAUCGGAAAUAAUUUCACAUAUCGCUUUAGUUCUGUCCGGUCGACUUACCGGUUAUCUCGCUGUGUUCGUCAGACGACUGUGGAGCAGCUGAACACCGCUUGAGAUGGAGGACCCUGGUGGAACCGGAGCAGAGUCUGUGGCUCAGUCACCAGGGGGUGCAGCCAAAUCAAAGCUGGACACGCUGUCCAAAGAUGACCUUAUCAAGUUUGCAAAGAAGCAGAUGGCUGGCAUGCAGAAAAUGAAGAGCAAAUAUGCAGAUUUGGAAAAAGAAGUUGCGUCACUCAAACAACAAUCCAAAAACAGUAACAGCAGUUCAGAUGACUCUGCUCUGAUACAGGAGCUGACUGAAAGGAUGGACGCCUUACUGCUUGAGAAGGCCGAAACUCAACAAAGUCUUACACUGUCUCGUAAAGAUCUAGAGAGGACUAAGCAGCAAGCCAAGGAUGAUCUGGCAGCACUGCAAGGAGAGCUUGACCGUGUAAUAGGAGAUCACCGAAAGAAGAUUGAGAACCUAGAGAGCAGCAUUGAGGAAUCCAACAACAAACACCAAGAAGAAGUGGCUCAUUUCCAGAAUUUGCUGAAGGAGCUAGAAGAAAGUGACAGGCAGAGGGAGAGUGAAAGAGAGAGGGAGCGCCUGGCUGAACGUGAGCGUGCAAAAGAGGGCGCAGAAGGAGUUCGCGUUCGCUUAGAAGCUCAGCUGGAAACCCUCCGAGCUGAACUCGAAGCGAUCCAAGAGGGAAAAUCUAGGGAGAUUGUUGAGCUGCAGGAGAGCCACCAAAGGAUGUUGACUGAGGCCCAGCAGGAAGUGGAGAACCUGAAGGAGGAGCUGGCCCAGAAGAGUCUGCAGCAUGAGGAGGAAAUGAGGGCUCUGGAGGAGGACUGUGAAAUGGAGAGAGAGAGGCUCCUGUUGCUCCAUGAGGAACUGACUGAGCAGCUCGCACUCAAAGACAGCUACCUGCAGGAUGUGCAGGAGGAAGAUGAGGAACCUCCCCGUGGGUCGGGGAUCGCCAAAAUGCUGGAGUUGUCUGGUUGUAGCCAGGGUGACUCCAGCCAUGGUGAUCCAGAGGAGACAGAGACUGGGAGACUGAGAGCAGCCUUUGAAGAACUUCAAGCCCAGACCACCAUGUUGCAGGACGAGCUCACCCUGCUCAGUAAUGUGAAGGGGGAGCUCGAGGCAGAGCUGGAGAGGAUCAAGGAUGAGUUCCAGUUGGAGAGAGAAGAGCUGGAGUUCAAAAUCAAUGAAUUGCAGAUGAACCGAGAAGGCGCUCCCAAUGAUGCAGCCGUAACCCUGGACCCAGACCAGCAGGAAGCACACAGAGAUGCAGAAGAGACCCUCCCUUGUGAGUCCAAAGAGUCAGCAAUCAGUCCUGGGGACCACUCGAAUCAGGAGGAGCUGAGGGCCCAGUGUGAGACCUUGACCAGAGAGAGAGAUUCUGCUCUGGCUGAGUGUCAGCACAUGAGGGACAUCCUGCAAGGUUUUGAGACAGAACUGGGUGAGAAGACGAAAGAUUUUGUUCAGCAGUACGAAGCCAUGAAGGAGCAGGGGGCUAAUCAUGUACGGGAGAUCCAGGAGAAGAUGGAACACCUGAACCAGGAGAGGGAGGAACUGUUGGAGAGGAUGAGAGAGGUUACAGAGGAGAAAAACAAUCUAAAGCUGAAGCUUGAGGUUUCGGCUGGUGAGGACCAGAAACUCCAAUCUUCUGUGGAGGAACAAACAACUUUAGCCUGCGAGCUGAAACAAUCUGUGGAAGAACUGACCUGGCAGAAUGAGGAGAUCCUUUCCCAACUGCAGAUGAAGGAAAAAGCAACUCAAGACCUGGAAGAGAUUGUCAGCACCCUGACUGAAGAGCGAGACAAAACACUUUCUCAGCUUCAGCUCCGAGAAGAGGAAAUGCAGAGGCUGAGCAAUGAGAGAGCGAAUGAGGUUGAGAGGCAAGAAAAUGAGGCACUUUCGCAAAAAGAGGAGAAAAAGAAGGAGCUGAAAAGCCUGAAGGAUGAAGUACAACAUCUCAAAGAGGAGAAGGAGCACCUAAAAGAGGAGGUGGACAGAAGGCAGGAGUCACUUUCUGCUUUAGAGCUGACUAUCAAAGACCUCUCCACAGAAAAGACUGACCUCCAUCAGAAAUUACAAGAGGCAUCCUCUGAGCUCUCCAAAGCUCAGGAAAUGGGGGAGAUAUUGGGCUCCAAGCUGGCAGCAUUGGAGGCUCAGCUAGAGCAGGAGACAUCUGAAAAAAAUCACCUCAAGGCAAAGUUGAAUUCAUCGGCAGAGGAGGCAGAGCAGGCUCGCACCGCCAUCAGAGCUCUGGAGGAAAAUCAGUCUGAAGCACUCAGAAACUCCAGCGAAGAAGUCAAGGAGCUCCGAGCACAUGUAGAUGAGCUGGAAAAGGAAAAGAGCCUUUUGAGGAGUAGUCUCGAGGAGGCUAAAGGGGUAACGACAUCAGAGGAGGUGCAGAAGGAGCUCCAGGCUCGUAUCGCAGACCUGGAACAGGAGAGGAACAUGUUGAGAAACAACCUGGAGGAGGUGGUGAAGGAUACCGAAGGGCUGCAGAAAGACCUGGAGGAUAUGAAGGCAGUCAAUGAAAGGAUUAAUGAAGAGAACAAGAAACUGCAGGCUCACAUCUCUCUGGUGAGUGAGGAGAAAGAGGAGAAGGAUAAGGGGGAAAUGGAGGGUGACCUGGAGAAGGAGAGAAGAGAGCUCCAUGAACAGCUGACAGAGAAGGAGUCACUCAUAUCUCAGAUGAGGAGCGAGAUGGCUGCUCUCCAGCAGUCUGCUGCCCAAUCUGCUUCCUCUGAGGAAAAUGCAGCCAAUGAGACCAAAGACAAAAUAGCUCUGCUGGAGAAAGAACACAAAGAGAAGGAUGAGAAGAUGAACAAAAUCAAGGCAGUGGCUAUCAAAGCAAAGAAGGAGCUGGACAUCAGCAAGAAAGAGGUUGCAACCCUCAAAGAGGAAGUAGAAACACUGAAAGCACAGAGGGAGAAAGUGAACAGCUCUAUGAAGGAUAUCAUCCAUGGUGCUGAAGGCUACAAGAACCUGCAGAUAGAUUACGACACGCAGACAGAGCAACUGCAUAAGGAGAGAGAGAAGGUGGAGGCGGCGGAGAGACAGAUUGCUGAGCUGACCAGUCGACUCAGCAGUGCUGUCACACAGAAUGAGGCAAUGAGGAGUGAGAAGGAGGACCUGCUGGCUGGUAUAGAAACUGUGAGGAACACAGUGAGGCAGCUGGAAACCCAAAACCAGGAGCUGCAACGGCAGUCAGGCAGUCUGGAGAGAGACCUGGUGGCUGAGAGAGCUAUGAAAGAGCAGAAGAUCAAGGACUUGUCAUCUGCCAUGAAGGAGGUAGAAGAGCUGACAGCCCAGCUCUGCAAACAGCAGCAGCAGUCUCAGCAGACUGCCCAGGAGCUUGAGCAACUACGCAAGGAGGCGCAGCAGAGCUCUCUGCUGGACAUGGAGAUGGCCGACUACGAGCGCCUGGUCAAAGAACUCAACGCCAAACUUGUAGAGAGAGACCAGUCUGCUGAGGAGUUAAAGGCCCAGAUAAACACACUGAACCAGAAGGAGGACACGCUCAAACAGGAGAUUGAGUCUUUGAAGUCGCAGCUGGACCAGGGGGAGGAGAAGACCUCCAAGAUUAAACAGAUGCUGGUGAAGACCAAAAAAGACUUGGCCGAUGCCAAGAAACAGGAAAGCUCCCUCAUGAUGCAGCAGGCCUCUCUGAAAGGAGAGCUGGAGGGUAACCAACAGCAGCUAGAAAGCUCAAAGAUCGAGCUGUGCGAGCUGACGGCAGAGCGGCAUCGUCUGCAGGAGCAGCUGAGGUCUGCGUUGGAACAGCAACAAAGAACCAGCAGCUCCCUGCAGCAGCGAAUCAACAGUCUACAGCAGGAGAGAGACACUGCUAAGGCUGAGCUCAUGGCAACAACUGGUGAGUUCGAGAGCUACAAGGUGCGAGUCCACAAUGUUCUCAAACAGCAGAAGAGCAAAACCAAUUCCCAGAGUGAUGGAGAGACUGGUAAAUUAGAGAGGGAGCACUUGUCCUCUCAGGUAGACCAGCUGAGGUCCAGGCUGGCAGAGAGCCAUCAGAGCCUCCAGAGCAGCACAGCCGAGCUGCAGCAGCUCCAGAAUGAACACGACACUCUGCUGGAGAGACACAACAAGAUCCUCCAGGAAACCAUCAGCAAGGAGGCCGAGCUCCGAGAGAGGCUGCUGUCGUUGCAGUCAGAAAACGUGACUCUGCGGGCGGACCUGUCUCAGGCUCAGGCUGACCUGUCCUCCCAGGUGGACGCCCAGCGCCAGACCUACAGGGAGCAGCUGAGGAAGCUACAGGAUGACCACCGGAGUACUGUGGAGACCCUUCAGAGCCAGCUGACCCGCGUCGAGGAGCAGCUCUUCAACCUGCAGAGCCAGAACAGUUCAGUGGUGGUCCAGUCCGGCCGUAAGUCCCUGGCGUCAGACACCCAGCGCAGAAACGCAGAUCAGAACUCGGCGGGGCUGGGACUAAUGGUCCUCAGUGACCUCCAGUCUAUGGCAAGGGAGGAGGGCGAGGGUAUGGAGACCACUGAGACUGAGAGCCCCUCUCCUGUUGUCACACCCCUGCCCUCUCUGGAGCAUCUUCUCAUGUCACCAGACCCCAAACAAGAACCAUUUGUGUGGACCGUGGAGCCAACCAAAGAAGAGCUGACUCAAAAGCUGAGCACCGCCACCCGCAGUAUGGAGCACAUGAACAGCCUGCUGCACGAAACUGAGGCCACCAAUGCUGUUCUCAUGGAGCAGAUUACCUUGCUGAAGAGUGAGAUACGCCGUUUGGAGAGAAACCAGGAGAGGGAGAAGAGCGUGGCCAACCUGGAGUAUCUGAAGAACGUCCUGCUGCAGUUCAUCUUCCUGCGAUCUGGCAGCGAGAGGCAGGCGCUUCUGCCCGUCAUCCACACAAUGCUGCAGCUCAGUCCAGAAGAGAAGAGCAAACUGGCUGCCAUUGCACAAGGUGAGGAAGAGGGUUCUGGGACUCGAGGCUCAGGCUGGUCCUCCUAUCUCCACAGCUGGUCGGGGAUCAGAUAGACCUCAUGGUCAACCAAUCCAACAAAACAAUUAGAGGAGGAAGGGGGAGGAUAAGAUGUUACUGGGCCUUUUUCUGUGAAAACCUGUACUCACCAGUGAUGCUUCACAUUCAGAUUAGCAGUAAGAGUUUGAGGUUAACGGGGGCAAACAUUUUCUGGGACACAGUUGAAGGGACCAAGGAAUGUAUCAGAAAGGAAAUAAGAAGUGGGAGACAAAACCAAAACAUUUGACAUGAAUAUUGUUUUGAAUUUGCAGUGCAAUAGUUUGAUAAGUCUCUUAACAAUUAAUAUAAACUGUGAGAAAUUUCUGUCUUCCUUACUCUUACUAUCGACACACGUAUUUACAACAGCAUUUACUGGACAUGAGGGUAAUGCGUCCUUAAAGUGGAGCUCAUAAAAAGGCAUCACUAGCACUAUGAAAUUAUCAUUUGUAUGUAGUUAUAUUCACACUGUACAAUGCACAAUAAUGUGCAAAAAUUAUAGGAGGAGGUUUUAAUCAAGGGAAUGACUUCUUAAUUAGUGGCAUUAUAUCACUUUCAGACUGAUUACUUCUAAAGAUUUUACUUCUAAUGGGCUUGUACUGUGUGGCACAGUAUGCUUCAAGGACUAUACUAGAGUUUUAGAUCUUUGGGUACAAAUCACAAAUUCUCAACAUUUUUUUCAACAGUUUUCAAGAUUUUCAGUUGUUUUUACUUCAUUAGAGGUAGGCAUUUUCUUCCGUUCCCAGCAGUAUGAAAAUCUACUUGAAACUCACUCAGUGCAUCAGAGUAAACACCAUCUCUGCUUUUAUUUUUUGUUAGAGAGAAGACAUUAAGAACCUUGGGGAUUCUAGUCAUUUGUAAUAAUUGUGGAGGACUUCUGUGAUCUUAAUCCAGUGCGAAUCUGGCAUGUCCAUAACUUAUGAAGGAAAAACGUCAUCAUGUAUUACCCACCGUUCACACGUGACUAAUAUUAGUCCUGUGCGAAUAGGCAUGUUUUGGGGGUGAUUUGGAGUUGUAUUUAAUUUUUGAAAACCUCUGUUUUCUAUUGUUAGAAAACUGAACACUUGUGAAAUUAGAUCACAGCUCACAACAUGUUUAACAGCUUUUUAACAGCUGUGCUUUGAGAUUGGCUAAGUUGACAUUUAAAAGCGAUGACCAUUAAGGUUAAGAGCUGCAAACACAUGCAGAAAAAUAAUUAAAAAACUCUAUAUGGUAAUGUGGCUUCUGUAGAAGAGAAAGGUUUCCUGUAGGUCUGUUAUUAUCUUAUUUCAAGUACAAAUAAGUGCAUUUCUACAUUCUCAGGUUCACCUGACCGACAUGACUGACAGAACAUCAUCAUAAUAUCAUGUUUAUAUUUUUUCGGAUUGAUUUUGCAUUUGUUCACUAAUCCUUCACUUUCUGCAAUCAGAAGCAGUUUCUUUAACUUUUUAUUUAUCCUCUAACAGUGGUUGCAUAGUGAUUCUGUUCAGGUUACUGUGUAAUUGGUUGUCACUGUUUGUUGUGGUUGUUCUGGCUUAAUACAAAAUUGUUAUUUUAAUGUUUUCUAUGUCUGUUCUGGGAAUACAUUCUGGUUCCAUCAGCGGUUGUGCUGCUGUUUAAUCACUGGAUAUGAAAGCUUUCUCGCAGCUUCAUCUGCUCAGCUGGCUUGUUGAAGGACGGUCCGCGUGACAAGCAAGCACAUCCAACCCUGCUGAAGUGUCCUUGAGCAAGACUCCCUAUCAGACCCAUGCGUGCCUGACCAUGACCUCUGACCUCUCAGUGCACAGAGGUCCCCCUCCCCGUAAAUCACACGUCCAUCCUCAUGACACACAUUUUUUGCUCACAUCGUACCAAUGAAGACUAUAACAGGCUCAUUAAUUUUCUCAUUCCGGCGGCAGCUUUUUUGUGAUUCCCUCAUCGGAGUGAAUGUAUUUGUAUCUAAGUCUUUUAUAUUUAUGGUGGUUAUUGUCAGGAGAAGCUGUGAGAGAUUACUGUAACUUUAAAAUCUUGUUCUGUUAACUGGUUCAACUUAUUUUAGUUGAGUUCUUGAUUUUUUUU